GGUGAGUCGUCGCCGCCGCUGUUCGCUCGGCUCCCUGCUCUGCGCCGGGAGGAAAAGCGGCCGUCGGAUUAUCGAGCUCCGCGACGCAGUUAGCUCGCCGGCUAACGAGGGUCAGCGGGCGGACAGAGAGAGAGAGAGGGAGGGAGAGAGGGAGAGAGAGGAGCCAUGAGAAGCCGCCGGAGCCACUGAAAGUGACCUCGUGGACUUUCGUGAGCGGCAUCACACGAGCGAGGGGAGGUUCGCGGAUCAUGCCGCCGCCGUCGUCGUCGUCGCUGCCGCCGCCGCCGCCAGCGGGGACUUGUCUCUAGUGUCUCCACUCGGGAAGGGCUGGAGCUUCGAGGGAGCUAGCGAGGCUACCAACUAGUUCUAAUUGGCUUUCGGGCUCAAUGGCUCUCGCCCGUUCCUCCCCGGCAUAAGCGACGGCUCCGGGGGAAAGUUGAGGAAAGAAAAAGAAAAAAGGAAGGAAAGUGUGGGAGAGGGAGAGGGAGCCCCCCCCCCUCAGUGAACUUCAUGAGCAGCCGAAACCCCCGGGGCUCGGACGCGUUACUUCGGAAGACGAGACCCGCGAAGGAGCCGAAAAUGAAGAAGCAGUUCAAUCGGAUGAAGCAGCUCGCGAAUCAGACAGUCGGCAGAGCGGAGAAAACAGAAGUCCUCAGCGAUGACCUCCUACAGAUCGAACGACGCAUGGAGUUGGUGCGUGUGGUGUCCCACAACACACACAAGAGGAUGGUGCCGUGUCUACAAGGACACAUUGGUGCAGACGCAGAGAAGAGACAUUCCGUACCGCGCCUCUAUACAGGAAAUGGUCAGAAAAAGCUUCCUCUGACUUCUCUGUCACAAGCGAUGGUGGAAGGCGGAAACCAGCUGGGAGAAGAGUCUUUGAUAGGCAAGAUGAUGGAAGUGUGCGGCGAGGCAGAGAACCGCCUGGCGUCAGAACUGAUGCAACACGAGCUGCAGAUAGAGAAGGAUGUCCUGGAUCCGCUCAGCCAGCUAGCAGAGGUGGACAUCCCCAACAUCCUGAAGCAGAGGAAACAGCUGGCCAAGUUAGUGCUGGACUACGAUUCUGCCAGAGCAAGAUGGUUGCAGGCAACCAAGUCAAUAAUCUCAGGAACAAAUACACAAGCACUGACGGCCAAAGCUGACCUACUCAAGGAGGAGAUGGAUGAGGCCAUGAACAAAGUGGAGCUUUGCAAGGAUCAACUCGCCGCCGACAUGUACAGUUUCUUCUCUAAGGAAGGCGACUAUGCCCGCUACUUCGUUACGCUCUUAGAAGCUCAAGCCGAUUACCACAGGAAGUCUCUCACUCUUCUGGAGAGCGUCUUGCCCACCAUCCAGGCUCAGCAAGACUCGUGGACCGAGAAGCCUGCGUUUGGCACGGGGCUGGACGAACACCUGAAGAGGAGCGGGAGGGAGAUCGCUCUGCCGUUAGAGGCCUGCGUGAUGAUGCUUCUGGAGACUGGCAUGAAGGAAGAGGGGCUAUUCAGAAUCGCAGCAGGGGCAUCCAAGCUAAAGAAGCUGAAGGCGGCACUGGACUGUUCCACUUCACAACUGGAGGAGUUCUACUCCGACCCCCACGCUGUGGCUGGGGCACUGAAGUCCUACCUGAGGGAGCUCCCAGAACCUCUAAUGACCCACCAGCUUUAUGAUGAAUGGAACCAGGCAUCCAGCGUGUCAGACCCAGACAAGCGGCUCCAGGCACUCUGGGUCGUAUGCGAUAAACUUCCAAAGAACAACAAAAGCAACCUGAGGUAUCUGGUGAAGUUUUUAGCCAAACUUGCUCUGGACAGCGAGGUGAACAAAAUGAAUCCCAGCAACAUCGCGAUUGUCCUGGGACCCAAUCUGCUUUGGGCCAAGACUGAGGGGAGUCUGGCUGAGAUGGCCGCAGCUACUUCUGUGCACGUGGUGGCCAUCAUAGAGCCCAUCAUCCAGCACGCAGACUGGUUCUUUCCCGAGGACGUGGAUUUUAACGUGUCCGGCAUGUUUGCGAUGCCCGUGCCCGCGUCCAACCACAACAAUCACCUCGAUUACGACUGUGGCACCAUUGAGAGGAAGAGGCCUGGCAGCAUGAUGGGACCGGAGAACGAUGCAACGCGCAAAGACAACACCCCUAACAAGCACUCGGACCACACCCUACGUAGAGGCAGUAACACCUUAGGUAGAAAGCAGCACACUUCACCUGCCUUCCAGCCUCCUUUACCCCCUGUGGAGGCUCCAGGGCCGGGGCACGGGGCCGGGCAGCUGCCCCAGCCCCCGACUGAGCCCCAGCCCCAGCCACAAGCCCCUCCUCCGGGGGGUUCAGGGCCUGAUGCGGGCCAGCAUAGCUUGGCGCAGGGUUUGGCUGCUCUCGCAGCUGCCCAGCAGCUUCUAGCCCAGCACACAGAGGAGCUCAGCAACCCAAGGCUACGUGACUCCACACCUACCCCGACCCCUCUGCUUCAGAGGAAUGGCUCCGGAGGAGGGGGCCAGGCUGCAGGACAGCUGGGCGCCGGGACUACCGGGGGCGGAUCCAUGGGACCCAGUCCUCAUAUGAUGCGCAGAGGUACCAAGAAGCAGGCUCCGGCCCCUCCCAAACCGACCAACCCUCCCCCCAGCCAGCCCUGCAACUCGUCGAACCACGCUUCCUCCUUGUCUGGGUCGUCCCAGUCCCUCAGCCUCGCUCCCAAGCCCCUGUCCAGCCACUCGCCCAGCUCGCCCACCUCUCCCACCCCCCAGCCGUGCGCCACACCCAGACGCCACUCCAGCAACCAGCCGCCGAUCCAGGCGCCCAGCCAUCCGCCCCCCGAGCCCCCGACGCAGGCCAGUCCCCCAACGGCGCUCGCGUCGCUCGGCCACUCCGGCGGGGACCAGCAGAGCGCGGACCUCUCGCCCCCGGGCACCCCGACCCCUCCAGACACCCCGCCGCCCUCCGCCGCCACCCAGGAUGCAGUCGCUCCUCCGUCCCUGUCUCCCUAUCAGUCGGGCUCUCUCCCCCGGCCGCGGCCUGUCCCCAAACCCCGGAACAGGCCCAGCAUCCCACCGCCACCCCAACCCGCCCCGCUGGCCAGUGACACGAAUGGGAUCUGUGCUUACAAGAUGAUGGAGCCGGCCGCAUCUUUCAAAGGGCCGAGUCGAGCUUCGGUCCCUGAGCUCGCUGUAGACCAGCAGCCAGCGACUGCCCCCUCCUCCUCCUCCUCCUCCACCUUUUCGUCCUCCAACUCCUGCCUGCCUCCUCCCAAAGACUGUGACCUGGACACUGAGAGCACUGUCCUAUAAGGAGAAGACAGUGACCCAACGCACCUCCUCUCAUCACGCACACACACACACACACACACACACACACACACACACACACACACACACACACACACACACACACACACACACACACACACACACACACACGUCAUCUUUUCAUUUCUGUCCCAGCUCACAUGUGCUGCUUCGGUCUCAGACUCCGCGACCUCUGCUGUCGUCCAGAGACAGUGACACAACAACUCUCCUUCUGGCGGCCAUGAUGGACGUCACGCUCGGUCCUGGUAGAUAAUGGCUGGUAGUGACGGACAGCAGAUUUUGUUUGUGCGGCUGCUGCAGCAGAACCGAGUGAACACGGUUAAUGUCGUCACAUCUGACGGUUUGUGUGUUGAACGAUCUGAUCAUUGACAAUUUGUCGUGAGCAAGUUCGAUGUAGCUGAAUUGUAGUAACAUCACAUACUGUUCAAAUUACUGAUGCAGAUGAGUUGGAAUCCCAAAACCCCAUAUUCGCUUCAAGUUAUCGUUAUUUUCUACAUGAUGUAACUUCUAAUAUAUUAUUGUAAGAGCUGAAAGUCAAUGAAUAGUCCUCUUUAAUCAAAAUGCCAAAAUAAACUGGUUCCAGCUUCUCAAAUGUUAAUAUUAGCUUCUUCUUUUUCUGUUAUUCUUGAUUGAAACAAUAUCUUUUGCUUGGACAGAACAAGCAACCUGAAAAUCUAAAAAAUUAGGUUUUGGGAAACUAUUAUUGAUAUCUUUUUUUUUACUAUUUUGGAUCUUUCAUAGACCAAAAGAUUAAGAGAGAAAAUAAUCCAUAACGAAAAUAAUUGUUUGUUAGUCUCAACCUCAGUCAACUGUCCUCUACUCACAGUUUCUUUAUGCAUUUAUCAGCCAUUAUUUACUCAGUCCUCUUGACCUCCAUGAAAGUGCCACGUGUGGUUGCGAGGAGACUUGUGACACACAAACACACACACACCGCCACCUCCACCUGUCUAUACUGCGCUCCCUGCAGAACAAGCUCCAGACAAUCAGCGACAAAACAGCAGAGCGCAAGCAUCGAAGAAGCAGAUUGACCGGCGGUAACGCCGUUGGACAACUGUGAACCCACGAUGCGCAGCAGCAGUAUGAAGCGUGGGCCACCGACUGGACAAGGAGGAGGCGCGUUUUGAGGUGGUCACGGGGAAAGCAGCAACAUGGACUGACCGGCCCCAUUUGGAAUUUGGUGUGAGGUGUUUUCUUUUCUUUCUUUUUUUUUGCAUUUUGUACUGUUGAAAAAUGGCCUUAGAUGAAGAUUUGAAUGAAAAAAAGAAUGAGGGAUUUCUAUUGCGUGGGUGUGGGGGGACUGGGGGGGGAUCGGCGAUGAAGUAGAAGCCAAAACUGUUUGUUAAUGUGUAGCUGGUGACUGCAGGUUUCCAGUCGUCUCAAACACUUGAUUUCCUCCCUUCAUUUUUUGUAUGGAAACCCCCCCCCACACCCCCGACUCAUGUAUUUAUUUACCAAGUUGAAAAUACACACAUUCCCUGUGGCUUGACGUAAUGAAUUCAGUCUUAAAAUGUAAAUCAUGCCUUAUCGGUUCCUCCCAGAACCACGUAACGAGCAUUAUAUAUAUAUAUAUAUAUAUAUAUAAUUUACUGUACGGAGGAUGUACUUCUGCUCCCAGCUCUACAGUAUUUCUGAGGAGCUGCCGUUUCGGCAGCAGUUAACGUUUCAGGGAUGUGAGGAAGGGGAUUGGACUCUCCGCCGUGUGUGUGUGUGUGUGUGUGUGUGUGUGUGUGUGUGUGUGUGUGUGUGUGUGUGUGUGUGUGUGUGUGUGUGUGUGUGUGUGUGUGUGUGUGUGUGUGUGUGUGUGUGUGUGUGUGUGUGUGUGUGUGUGUGUGUGUGUGUGUGUGUGUGUGUGUGUGUGUGUUUCUCCAUCGUCGUUCCACGGGAGUUGUGUAUUUAAAUGUGUUGAAUUGCGUUGGGUUUCCUGAGGCAGAAGUAGCAGGGUGAACUCUCGGCCUGAACGGAGUCAGUAUUUAGCCUUACUGUCGUUUCCAUCUGGGACUUCGCACACACACCGGGCGACGGUGUGUGUGUGUGUGAGUGAAUGUAGCCUCUUGAUCCUGAACAGAAAGUCGCAUAAACAGCUGAUAUUGCACUUGAGCGCAGGCCAAUGAGAGUUGGUUUCCUAGUUUAGGGGAUUUUUUUCUUCUUCUUCCAUUCUAUCCCACUGAGCUGAGAGCACGCAGCCUCAGUAGUGAUGUGGUGGUAGAUUCUGGCCAGGUCAAAAAUAUGAAUAAAAAAUGGCUUUGUCGUAUAUCUGUGUAUGCUUUGCUUUUUUUUUGUUUUUUUGUUUUUGUUUUUUUUAAAGGCCUCAGAUAUAAUGCAGAGUUUGCUUCCCAGAGAACGGACUCAACAUGGUACCAAUGGAGAGAGAGUCUCAGAUGCUGCAGUCGCCCUGAAAAACGAGUCGUGUCUUCCAGGGACAAGCGAGUGUGACUAUCCCCUCCUCACCCCUCUUCGCCCUCUGUAUCUCGCUGCCUUAUCCCCCCGAGCACCAAGAGGGCUUCGCCUCUCGAGGCUCUUCACGCCAUCAGACUGAGAAAGGAUCAUGCUGCGUUUUUUUUAAAGCUCUAUAGUUUUGUAUGUUUGCCAUCUGGUCAGCUUCAAUGUGGAAUGAAACCAUGUAAAACGGACGCUUGGUUAUAUCCCCUUUCCAAAGAAAUAAAGUAUAUGAAGAAUCUA